AAAUUACAGUACCUGCCGCGUCAAACAUGACAAGAUUCCAUCAGCAGCAGCAACAAAUGGAAAACAAUGUUGAACAGAUAAAAACGUUUAUUUUUGGAACCAAAAACAAACACAACGCGGCGGAAGCGACAGAAAAGUUGGAAGUGCUGAUACCGGAGCUUCUUCUUCCCGGGUAUUCUUUUUAUACCUGGCCCUCGGCUCACGUCCUAGCUUGGUUCCUUUGGCAGCGGCGGGUAUCUCUGAGUAGCAAACGGGUGCUGGAACUGGGAGCCGGGACUUCACUCCCGGGGAUAGUAGCGGCCAAGUGUGGUGCUCACGUUACCCUGACCGAUUGCAGUACCUUGCCGAAAACGCUUCAGCACAUUCAACGGUGCUGCCGGUUAAACCACUUGAUUCCGGGCAAGGAUAUUGAAGUUGUCGGGCUUACUUGGGGACUGUUCUUGGAUCAAAUCUUUCAGUUGGGUGCAAUUGAUUUAAUUAUUGGAUCGGAUAUCUUUUACGAUCCAUCGGUGUUCGAGGAUAUUUUGGUUACGGUUUCCUUUCUGUUGGAGGCAAAUCCACAGGCUAAGUUUCUGUUUACCUACCAGGAGCGAAGUUCGGAUUGGAGCAUAGAGACUUUGCUGAAAAAGUGGGGACUCAAUUGUAACGUCAUCAGCUUGGAUAAUCUGAGCACCGAACUCGCCAUCGAUCCGCAGGAGUUGAUGGGCAACCACACGAUCCAUCUGCUAGAAGUUACUAAGAGAUCGUAAGUUUUAAACAUUCAAAAAUCAAUCAUGUCUUCCUCGGGGGCUGCAGCCAUCGCACGUGGCGUUCAGAAGCUGUUCGUCGGCAAUCUUCCGUGGACGGUUAGCACCAAGGAACUGAAGGCGUACUUUUCAAGGUUUGGACA